CUCAGCACUACGAAAAUGCAAUUGAUAUAAAGCCAUCGACUUAUAAAAAUGAAUGCAAAGAAAUUGACUAUUUUGUUGAGAGACAGAGAGAAUUAUGUUCACUAAACCAAAAUAUUCUGCAAACGGUGGCAAAAGGGGCCAAACUUGGUAUUGAAGAAUGUCAGCAUCAGUUCCAGAUGAACAGAUGGAAUUGCACCACAUAUCAAGAUCCACAACAUAAAGUGUUUGGCGGAGUCUUAGACAUCAACAGUCGAGAGAAGGCAUACAUACAUGCGGUGAGUGCGGCGGGAAUUGCAUACAGCAUAACGAGAGCGUGUAGUAAAGGAGAGAUCAGUGAAUGUGGAUGUGAUGACAAAGUGAGGAACAAAGACACUCGAGGGAAGUGGGAAUGGGGCGGAUGUUCUGAUGACAUCCACUUCGGCGCUCAUUUCAGUAAAGACUUUGCAGACGGUAUCGAAGCCUUCAAUACAUCGGAAGGACUCAUGAAUUUGCAUAACAACGAAGCCGGCCGUCGAACUAUUAGAUCCAAUAUGGAGUUAAUGUGCAAAUGUCACGGCGUUUCCGGUUCUUGCACUGUAAGGGUUUGCUGGAGAAAAAUGAAACCAUUCAGAGAAAUAGGCGAACAACUGGUCCGCAAGUUUGACGGCGCGACUCAUGUGAAAGUAAUUGAGAGAAAACAUCAGUUCAGACUUCGGCCGACCCGUAAAGACAUCAAAAGGCCGUCGAAGAAAGAUUUGGUUUAUUUGGAAGAAUCGCCUGAUUUUUGUUUCAAAAACUCAUCGGUCGGAGUUUUGGGCACAAAAGGUCGUGAAUGUAAUGCCACCUCUUAUGGGAUGGACGGCUGCCGACUGUUGUGUUGCGGUCGCGGAUAUCAAACAGUGGAGAAAGAGGUGGAGGAGAAGUGCAACUGUAAGUUUGUCUGGUGUUGUAAAGUGCAGUGCCAAAAGUGUUCCAGUCGUCGUGAGGUUCACACUUGUAAUUAAAUUACAUUUUUACUUCAUAUCACAUACAAAUUCAC